AUGAUCAGCUACGUCUCCAACCGUAACAUCAGAGAUGCGAAGAAGGCGAAGUUCAAGCUUCUUGGAAAAGUGCCUCGUGGUUUCCAGCACGCUGGUGCACCAGUCAUGAACACCGAGCUUCUGUCUGCCAUCGCUCCUGAUAUCCCCGUCACGAUCAUCGUCUUGAUCCUCGAACACAUCGCCAUCUCAAAGUCGUUCGGUCGUAUCAACAACUAUGUCAUCAACCCAUCCCAGGAGCUUGUCGCCGUUGGCUUCACCAAUGUGAUCGGACCCUUCUUGGGCGCAUACCCUGCCACGGGCUCCUUUUCACGUACCGCUAUCAAGUCCAAGGCUGGUGUUCGCACGCCUCUCGCUGGUAUUUUUACCGCCAUCAUCGUCCUUCUGGCCUUGUACGCCUUGACAGCUAUGUUCUUCUACAUCCCCAUGGCAAGCCUGUCAGCUAUCAUCAUCCACGCUGUUGGUGACCUCAUCACGCCGCCGAACGUAGUUUAUCAGUUCUGGGAAACUUCGCCACUUGAGGUGGUUAUUUUCUUUGCUGGCGUGUUCGUGACUGUUUUCACAAACAUCGAAAACGGAAUUUACGUCACAAUUGCAGCUUCGUUUGCGCUGCUUUUAUGGCGCCAGCUGUUCGCUCACGGCCAGAUGCUAGGCAAGGUCCGCGUUUACCGUGCAACACCAGAUUCGAUCGCCCGCAAGGAGGAUGGUGCUUUUGCCGCAAGCUCCGAGCACAACGUUCGUGAGGCAUAUGUUCCCAUCAACCGGCAAGAUGGCACAAAUCCAGACGUCGAUAUCGAGUCACCUUAUCCUGGUAUUCUGAUCUUCCGCUUCAGCGAGGGCUAUACAUAUCUCAACCAGCAAGGAUACAUGGAUGAGCUGGUCAAGCAUGCGCAGACUAUCGCUCGUCCCACAACGCUUGACCGGUAUGCGAAGUUGGGUGACCGGCCAUGGAACGAUCCCGGUCCACGACGUGGUCAGCAAAUCAGUGUGGAUGAUAACCGUCCCAUUCUUCGCGCCAUCGUCCUGGACUUCAGUGCAGUCAACAAUGUCGACGUCACUUCUGUCCAAGGUCUUAUUGAUGUUCGCGCCCAGCUAGACCGCUAUGCUGCCCCUGAAAGUGUUGAGUGGCAUUUCGCAUCAAUCAACAGCCGCUGGACCAAGCGUGCUUUGACCACUGCCGGCUUCGGCUACAUCGACCGUGAGCGAUUCGCGUCCCGGCAACAUUGGAACCCAGUGUACAGCUACGCACCUUUAGACACAGCCAAUUCGAAGGUUGGAGAUGUUGAGUCCCAGGAUGAAAUCCAGGCCGUCGGUGGACAAAAGAGCUUUACAGGCAAAGUGUCUACACUCCAUGGACAGAACAGGCCAUUCUUCCAUAUUGAUGUGCCUGCCGCAGUAGAAAGCGCGAUCUCUGGCAUUGAACAGAAGUUGGCACAUGUGAGCACUGACAGCUCCGAGAAGCAAGUUAGCCACGCGCAGCUAUCGGCAAAACAGGAGUAG